AUGCUGAACAUUGAAUACAUCUUGACGGCAGAGUUCCAUGUCGAUAAGGGUCCGUCCCUUAUACACCAGUACCCCCAGGUGCUUCCGGGGCUGGACAAGUUGCCAUUUUUGCCGGAGCUUAUGUUGCCGGACCAAAUUCACAAACGGGAAGAAGACUUUACUUUAUUUCUUCUCUACCGAAAUGUCGCCACCGGAGAGUUCCAAUACCUAUACCAAAAGACGUGUGAGCCGGACCCGUACUUCUUGUACACCAUUGUCAUCAACCAAAAGGACUCGCUGUUCAAGCGGGGGCUGAGUAUCAAGUCGUUGCUGAUUGUCACCAAAUUGCUGUACUUCAAGAACUUUAAGCCGUUAUUGCUUAUCUGUCUCGAUAAGUAUUUUGCCAAUAAUGAUACCCUUGUGCUUAAAGAGCUUUACAAGCUGAUUAACAAGAAGAACUUUGCCAUCUCCUCCAACUCUCAUCUUAGUUCGAUGCUGAUGGUAAAAAAGCUUUUGAUCACGCUGAUUUUGGAUUUGCCAAUCAACGACAAGAUCUAUUACGAUGAACAGUUCCGCAAUCGGUUAUUGGGUAUCACUCAAGAAAACGUGUUGAACCUGGACUUGUUCAUCCGUAAAGACUUGCUGUUCAACUCGAUUGUUGAAUUCAACAACAUGAAUAUCCCAAUCAAGAUUCCCAUGAUUCAGUUGCCCGAUACCAUUGGUGAUUACCUCAACCCUACCGAUCUCAACUUUCGGCCUAAUUUGAUCAAUAUUUUGCAGGCAAAGCUUGGUCUGACCUACUUGCACGACGAGUUGACUAUCUACGGGUUGCUGACGCCCCCCAUCAUCAUUUUGAUCAAUGCUCUUUUGACUGGUAAACGAGUGAUGCUCAUGUCGUACGAAAACUCUCUGGGGUUCAUUAUCGACCACAUUCUUUUGAUUUUGAAAAUCAUCACCGGAGGCGGUAUUCUUUCAGGGACGUUCCGUUACAAUUUGUUCCCCAUAGUCGAUGUGUCGAAGAUUGACUUGUUGGAACAAUGUGACCAUUACCUUGCCGGGACAAUUAAUCCAUUCUUCAAAAACAACGAUAAAUUAUGGGAUGUUUUGUACGACUUGGACGCUAACGAGUUUCAUAUUUCUUCGCAGAAUGCAUCGCCGGAGCUGGAGUUCAGAAACCUGAUUAUCUCCGAGGAUGCUAAGUUUUUGUCCAAUUUACAGAUGUCGCUUUUUACCUACAAUGACGAUUUGACAACAAUCCAGCUCAUCUUCCGAAGGCACAUCAACGAAAUUGUUCGAAUUUUGCUCAGUUCGAAGAACUUUUCAAGUCUGAUGCUGCCCCAGCAUAAGAACUUGACGCUUCUUUUGGACGGUAUUGGUUACUAUUGGCACAGUGACACGAACAAGUUACUCGAAGUGCUGUGUUACCAACUAGUGCUGAAAAAAUUCCAGGAUUUGUUGUACGAUGAGGUGUUGCUGUACAAUUUGUUGUUGCCCAAUUUGGCUAACGAACUCAAUCUUAUGAUCGAUUUGCAAUACCACUUGCAAAGCUUGAACAACGCAGCUCUGCUGGCGCCUCUGAAGGUGAACGAACGCAGUAUUUGGUUCAACAUUUUGCAGUAUUUAAUCCUGGGCAAGCUGUUGGAGGUAUUCCUAUUAAUCACGUACUUGAUCCCUCCCAGUUCCCUGACACUGUUACAACUGCUGCAGAUUCAUGGGGGCAACUUGACGAUUUUCGAUAAGAACAAAGGUAUCGAGUUGCUCCUUAUCAACUUGUUCAACAAAGACGAUCAGAUCAAAAACAAUAUCAUGUUGAUCUUGCAGGAGCUUCAAGACAACUUCCUUUGCGGUUGGUGCCUCAACAACUUUAUCCGGUCGAAUGUGAUCUACGAGAUUGCCUUUGCCGAUCUCGUUGAGAAUGACUUGGCGGGUCCGAUGCUCGCCACGCUGGCGGCGUCGUAA